AUGGAUGGUUUCAAACUUAUACAAAAGUACACGACAAAUGAAAAAAAUUAUAUAACAAGAAUUAAUAAUUUAGAAGAAGCCAUAAAACGAUUGACAAUAAUGACUAAAGAAAAUUUACGUAAAAUUGAGCAUAUGAAAACUGAAUUUCAAUGGGAUGAUGCAACAGAUACAAGUCAUCUUGUGCAUAUACUUCGGUUAACGGCACCACAGUCAAAUAUGUAUUUAUCAUUAAUGAAUCAUAAUAUUGAACAGAAUAUACCAUAUCCAUUUCUGGCGGAACAUUGGACACCUGUCUAUAAUGAACCGUUUGAUCAUCCGACAACAGCAGAGGAAUUGGGAUCUCUAAUAUCCCAAUGUAAGAAAGAAAUAAUUGUCGCUGCCGCAGAGAAAAGUACUGCGACAGUAUUAGCAUUGGCAGCUUGUGGUCCAAAAGAUAUAUUACAGUUGAACACAAAAAAGAAUCAACCAGUUCAAUUUGGAAAUGUUUAUUGGUAUUUAACACCAAAAUUUUCAUUUGGCUUUUCACCAACACCAAAUAUUAAUCAAAGUAUCAUUGAUACGGAAGAUGAACAAGGCGAUAAACGACUAUCCUGGUUUCUUGAUGGUUUUAGUGGUGGUUAUCGUGCGGGCACGAAAAAAAAGUUAAAUGAUAAUCGCAAUUGGCGUAAAAUAAUUCUUACUCUGAAGUAA